AUGGCGUUAGGAAAUUUCUUCAAGCAGAAGCCUACUGUCGUUGCCGAUGCACCUCCUCUCCCAAAUGCGCCCGAAGUUGAGAAGCCCAUGUUCGGCAACGAGGGAUAUGGCGAUCAGUCUGCAGCAUACGAUCCUGAGAAGACUGGUCCCAGGGGCAUGAAAAUGAACAGAAUCGACGGUCCUAUUACCAAAUCCAUCAGCCAACAAGGCGAUCUCAGCGAUGACAGCUCCGGCUUGACCGUGGGAAAGCAGAUGGAGAUGGAGGCUGGAAAUGCCAUCAAGUACAGAACUUGCAGUUGGCCANAAGGUGUGACCCUAUCGCGCAUGUUUUGUUUUCCUACCCUCCCACUUGCGACAUGGAGCGAGUCGACUCUCUGCCCAAUGCGACAACCCACUGCCGCAUUGUUGUUCUCUGAGUACAUUUGCUUGGCUAUCAUGUCUUUCCCUUACUCGUACGCCAUUUUGGGUUUGGUGCCUGGCCUCAUCUUGACCGUAGUCAUCGCCGGACUGGUCCUGUACACCUCUCUUGUUCUCUGGUAUGUCAACGCGAAGCCCGUCCUGAAGGCCGUAUCUGACAAAGUUGUAGGGNAGUUCUGCCUGCGCCACCCUGAAGUAAAGGAUGUCUGCGACAUUGGUCAAAUGCUAUUCUGGGGUCAAAGAUGGGCAUGGUGGGCUACUGCCUUCAUGUUCAUCCUGAACAACACUUUCAUCCAGGGCCUGCAUUGCUUGACCGGUGCCAAAUACCUCAACACUAUGACUAAUCACGGUCUUUGCACAAUCGGCUUCAGCGCUAUUGUUGCUUCCGUUUCCUUCUUCGCAUCGCUUCCUCGUACUUUCAACACUCUUGCUUUGUUGGGCACCGCAUCUGCGUUCUUUACCUUCAUCUCGGUUAUCUUGGCCACCAUCUUCUCUGGUAUCGAGGACCAUCCUGCUGGAUAUCCCAAGCAGGGAGAGCCUCGCGUGCUUGCCAUUCCAGAGGCAGGUACCACUUUCGUUGCUGGAAUGUCCGCGUUCAUGAACAUCAGCUACACAUUCAUUGGUCAAAUCACCCUGCCUUCUUUCAUUGCUGAGAUGAAGGAUCCUCGUGACUUCCCCAAGGCUCUCUGGGCUGUCACCAUUGCCGAAGUCAUUCUUUUCUCGCUUGUCGGCUCCGUCAUCUACGCCUACACGGGUACUCAGUACUACACUGCACCUGCCUUCGGAUCCUUGAGUAACGAAGUGUACAAGAAAGUCAGUUUCUCGUUCAUGAUUCCGACCAUCAUCUUCCUCGGCGUGCUCUACGCUUCGGUGUCUGCCCGCUUUGUCUUCUUCAGACUCUUUGCUGGAACUAGACACAUGGGCAGCCAUACCGUUGUUGGCUGGGCGAGUUGGGCUGCUAUCCUGCUUUGCACCUGGAUCCUGGCCUUUAUCAUUGCUGAAGUCAUUCCCUUCUUCAGUGACUUGCUGUCACUCAUGAGCUCGCUCUUUGACAGUUUCUUUGGAUUCAUCUUCUGGGGUAUGGCAUAUCUUCGUAUGCGCCGCGCCGAUUAUGGACCGGAUUUCUGGAAGACCAGAGGAGCUAGAGGAUAUCUUGGAUUCUUCCUCAACCUGGCUCUUAUUGCCAUUGGAUUGUUGUUCCUCACUGGAGGCACAUAUGCCUCUGUACAGAGCAUCGUUGACGGAUACAAUUCGUCGUUAUACGGUACAGCCUUCUCCUGCGUCGACAACGGCCUUUAG